GCCGGGCGGCAGCUUUGUCCCGAGCCCGGCCCGGCGGCGUCCCGCCUGCCGCGGGGCCUGGCACGUGUGAUGACGCACGGGAGGACAGAGCUGUCGUCUGUCUCCGUUCCGCAGAUAAGGAGCUGGCGCGCGGAGGGACGUCGCGUGAUGCGCAGGGACCCAGGGCAGGGGCAGGAGCUGCAGCGUGCCGGUGCUCAGCGCCAGGGCCCGCGCCCGCAGCUCUCCCUCCGCCGCCGCUGGCUGCUGGCGGGAGAAAGAUGCCUUUUUAUCAACAAUACCUCCUGGAAAUCCUUCUCUUGCCUCUGGGGGAAGACGAGGAGUACGGCAACCUCUGCCCACGCUGCCGGUAAGGUAGGACCCAGCUUGCCUGACGUUUUGGAUCUGUUCUGCAUACAUCCAUGCAUGUAUAAUGCAGCUUCUCAGUAACAGGAUCUUUGGCACAUUCCUUUCGGCUGAGUAUUUACGACUCGACUGGCUUGAGGAACUGACUGCGUCCAGCCCAGCGCGACGCCGGGGCUCGGGGCAGCCCUGCGCGGGGUGCCGCGGAAGCAGCUGUCCGUCAGCCUAGACCAGCAGUGCCCUGGGCUCUCCCAGCUGUAAGAUUAUGUCUUUAACGGGUGUUUGUGCCUCUUUAGAAUAUAGCUAGGCAUGUUAAAUGGAGCACCUCCCACCCCGGGUAUCCUGAAGGGUUAAUGAUCGCUGCAGCAGAUGGAUGGAUGGUAAGGAGAUUGAUUGCCUUGUGCAAGGUACAUAAAGUCUCACUCUCCUCCAGAAACACAACACUUGUUCCACCAGGUAAAUAACUAGUUUAAAAUCCCUUCUCAUAGCAGCUGACCCUAGAUGUGUUUAUCCAAGUGACUGGAGUUGUUCCAGUCUCUCUGGUAAGUGACCUUUCCCGAAUUUUUCUUUUCAAGUUGACAUUUAAGAAGGGGGGAAAAAGUCACAGAAACAAACUGUGUUUUAACAGCGAUAAAGCCAUACCAGUCAACAAAGCCAGGAAAGUCUAAUUGGAGCCUGCCACUGAUGGCUAUGCCGUCCACAACGGAAUCUGUAAAGACAGCGCUAGCUUUAAUUUCCUGACCUGCUUGUUUUUGCAUUAAACAACGCGUUGGCCCACGGGAUGCUCCGCAGCUCUGCUCGGGUUAGGCUAACCGGCCGGGAUGCGCUGGAAGGCAGGGGGAGGGCUGCUGUGCAUCUAUCCGAGGAAAGGCUCGUGGGUGCAGUUAAGUCAAAGACAGCUGCUGGCAGCUGGAGGCACUCACAUUAUUGGUUCAUUAGUGAAAUUCAAAUGAAGAAGAGUCUUAAAUCUUCCUUGAAAAUAGUCUGAAUUUUGGCAGGCAGUGGAGCGCUCUGCUUAUUUUGAAAAGACCUUGGACAAUUUUGGUAAAUGUUUUACUAUAUGUACAGGGGGAAGUAAGAUUUAUCCCUUUUUUCUUUCAUGUGCUUCAGUGUGAAGCUUUUCAUUAGCUUCAGAGCUCAUGCUGCUCGCUCUCCCCCUCCCCUGGCAGUCCUGUCACAGAAAGUUGUUCAAGAGAUGAAGUCUCUGUGGUUUGAAGGAGGUUUAGCACACGUGCCCAGUACAUCAGGUCCCUCUUUGCGUCGAGGCAAUCCUGAGGGCGUUAUUAAAGGCUGCCCAGCACUGCAGGGCACCCCGAAGGCCGCUCUCCCCACGUUCCUGCCGGUGUCGAAGCCCUGUGCUUGCCCGCUGCCAGAUGACCUCCGCGGGCCGUGGCAUCUCCUGGCACCCGCACCCUCUCCAGCUGCAAAACACCCACCGCCGUCCCCAGGCCCGGCCCUGCAGGCUUUAUCCAGUUUUUUGUCUAGUUGCAGAAGGCGAGUGGGACUGCAAGCAGCAACUGGUCCGGCGCGUGGGACUCCCCCUGCCCCCCCCCCUUGGGCUGCUCUCCUCGUUGCUGCCCUCGGGAAUGGGCUCCCGGAGACACCCAAGGGCUCCGCUCCAGGCCUGCAAAGCCUUGCCUCGAGAAGAGGAAUCGAAACAAGGACCUCCCAGCAUUCGCGCUCUCCUGUAGCACGAGGCCUGGGAGAUACCCAGGAAGCAACUGGACAGACCGUCCCGCAAGGAACCGUGCGUUUCAGUUUUGUUUCUCGCGUAGCGGGCGGCACCGGCUGCCGUGCCGCCUGGAGUGGAAAUGGGCGCAAAAAGGCUUCGGGCAAAUUCACGGGGCUGGGCCUGGUGGCAGCCCUUGACUCAUGGCAUGGGGAGGUAGUGCCGGCUCGGGAAGGUGCUGUCCACGGACUCCAGGCGCUGGGGUGGGCUCAAGGAAACUCCCGCAUCCGCGGGCGCGUGCUGCCGCGGGGCUGCAGGGCCCGUCCGUGCUGCGUGGCCCCAGCACGGCUCGCGACCUCGGUGCCUGCGCCCGGAUGGAAAGCUCCGCUUCCAGCAAGCCGGUGCUUUGUGACGAAGGGAUUUCAGCCGAGGAAUUCCCGAGCGGCUCUGCCGGGACGGCUCCCAGGAGCGGAGCCUCGCUCCGGGUUGCUUUCAUGCCUUUUCUCGAGUGUGACCUACCUGUUCACGAGCACGCGAGAACAUCAGGCCCAGAGCAAAGCCCUGCCGCAGGGCGACGCCUGUUUCGGAUCCCGCCGGCAGGUGCUGAGCGCACGUUGCCGGCCCUGCCGAAGCGCCACGGUUCCCGUCCCUAGGCGUUAGCAAGAAACGUCCGCGCUUUUGUGCAAUUGGGAUGAUUCUUGCGCGAGGGAACGUUGCUCCUCCGGAGCUGUGGCCUUCCCUGCGCGUGCUCGCUGACGGCUCGCGGCCAGACGGGCUGGCUGCACCGUGCCUGCGGCAGGCCUGCGCGGGCGGCGCUCGCUGCGAGGCCGGCGCGUUGUCCCGGAGCAGGGCGGCGCGUGCUCGGGCGCUUCCUCUGCCCCUUCCAGCAACGUCAGCGCUGGAGAGCACGAGGCUAUUUUAAUCCCAGGAAUGUCAGCGGAUGAUUUCACUUUUGUUUUGUCCUUGAUAACCUUUCCCGGCACAAUGGGACCAGACGCCCGAGCCCAGCGCGCUUCCGCGUGCUCGCGGGAAAGCCAUUCAAACUGCUCUGCUCCUCUGGGGACAACACAAAAAGCCCGUUUAAAAAUAUCUACACAAUUGCCGUGGUGCCUGGACAAAGGGAAAAAGACCCGUCCCCACGCUGCUACACGCACGGCACGCAGGGAAGCAGCUUCGCCAGGGCCAGCGUUGGCGCGAGCAGGGCGGCCGCGCGGCUGCGUGCUGUGAUCCUGCUCCCGUUCCCACCGCCACGGCUCCGCGGUUGGGUCUCGCACCGCGGCGGCGGCGGCUGGGGGACGCCGAGGCGGGAUGGGCGCCGCGUUUACCCCGCGUGUGGUGAGCUGGAGACCCCUUUUCCGUCCUUCCUCCCCACCAGCAGGUUCCAGUAACCGCGGUGGCGGUGGCGCCCGGGGCGGCCGUGCGGCUCGGCAGCAGUUUUGAGGAGCGGGGCAGCCGCCGCACCUGCGCGGCCUGGGCCGAGGAAAGCCAAACUGGAGCUGCCGGCGGGAGGGAGCGCUGCCCCCGCAGCCGGGGGGGCCGAGCGCCGAGGAGGGGCACUGGGAUGCUCGGUUUCCAGCCGCCGGCACGGCGGUGCGAGGGGCCCGGCCCUCUCCGGGGGGCGGCGGGGGCGGCGCUGCGCGGGAUGAGCAGAUUUGCUCGUAAGCAGGACGGCACGGCUGCCGCACAGCCGCCUCCCCGCUCCCCGUCUUCUGCGUGGCCCCUUUUUCCAGUGCAAGCCCUGAGCGAGGCACGUUUGAGCCGCCCCCGCAGCGCGCGGGCCAGCCUCCGCGGGCCGCCGGCCUCGACGGGGCCUCGCGCUGGGGAGGGCCGGGGAGGGUUUGUGCAGCCCGCCGGGCACACGGCUCCGAAGCUGCCGGGCCAUCCAUGAGCUCCCGCCUGUUUACAAAACAGCGGCCGAGGGCUGCUCUCUGUUGUUACACACAUACUGCAUUCAGAGCGGCUAAACAGGCAAAGCCAAAAUGAAAGUCAUCUGUGAGCAGUUUGCCUUAAUUAGAAUAAAAUCCUGAUGAAUCAUGAGGUUUCUUUACCUCAAAGACGCACGAGGAAUUGACUUUGGCAGCGCGCGUCAAGGUACGGCCGUCGGCGCGAGCUCGCUAGCUGCGUUUGACAUCUGCUGGAAAGACUUGUUUUUCCGUCCCGAGUCACAUGCUAGCUUGUGAUCGGAUCAUGAGAUACAAAGGAUAAUCUUCCAAUAUUUAUUUUUCUCACUGGAAUUUUAAAAAGCAGAGGAAAGGAACAAAAGCACUGUAAAAAAACCCACAAGUGCCCUUGCCCGUGAGUGCUGCUCGGGGCUCGCCGCGGGCGGCGGCGGCGGGGCGCUGCCGGGGUUAGCUGCGGGGAGACGGUGCCUCGCCGCGGGGGCUUCUCCUCCCGAGCUGCGCGGGGCCCUGCGAGCAGCCGGGCCGGGGGCUUUGCUGGGCAGCGGAGCGGGGGGCGUCCCGGCAGCCCCUGCCCGGGCGAGGAGGGGCGUUUCUGCACGCCGGCGAUGUCCGUGCAAGGCGUCAGGCCUGUGCCCCCUGCUCGGCUGGAGCCCCGCUACCCCUCCGGAGGGAGCCGCGUGUCCCCUGCCCCCGCGGCCCUGCCCUGCCCCGCGCGGCGGCUGGCUGCCGUGGGAAAAGCUGCGCGGUGCGAGGGGGGAGGCCUCGUCCCUCCGCCGCGGCGGCACAAAGCUGGCCCCGUGCCCGCCUGCAGCGCUCGAUGGGUACAUUUGAUUAUAGAUGUCACAUAACCUUUUUUUUUUUUUUAUAACAAUAUCCUGAUGUAACCAGCUGGGCAGGUGGAGUUAUUUGCUGUGCACCCUAGUCCAAAGGUUUAAUAAGCCCAGCUGCAAGAUUACACCAGAAUCACCCUUGAAUAAAAUCCCCCAUAUAAUCUUUGGGGAAUUUUGCUAGUGCAUCUUGGGGAUGUUUGCGUGCGCGAGAUGAUGCCUAUCUACCGAGCACCGAAAACCCCCAUAGCCCGUCGUUUUGCCGCUGGGCUGCUCGGAGGGGCCGGUGCUCCCGCAGAGCCACCGAGCCCCACUCCGCCGGACCCCCGGCUGCCGGGGACUUUUGGCUUGAGACUAUUUCUGGCUGAAGAGAAACUAAGGCGAGGUGAUGGGGCGAGGCGUGUUUAUUUUGUGAGCCGGGGAGGUGUG